AUGACGUGGGAACUCAACCAGAGGCGGUUCAUCCGCUCCAUCAAUUCGAAGUACAUCUACGGUCGCAUCCCUCUUCUGCAUACCAUCGUAUUCUUAAUCGAAAUGGCAUUCAUCGCACGACUUACAGCUCGAUUCAACUCGUACUAUGACGAGCGACCACUCAUGACCAUGAUGGUCACCAACGCCAUCCUCGGAGGCGUCGCCGACACAGUCGCUCAAUCCAUCACCGCCAUUCGCGAACGAGCUCUUCGUCAGCCGGGCGGUCUUAAGAAGAACGACGGCAUCGCUAUUGAGAUCCACGAGCUCGACCGCAAGAACCCCUUCUACGAUCGCGACCUGAUCCCCGACUCGGUCGGCCUUCCUCCACCUUUCGACUUUGAACGCCUCACGCGCUUCAUGGCAUACGGUUUCUGCAUGGCUCCCGUGCAGUUUAAGUGGUUCCGCUUCCUCGAGCGAGUCUUCCCCGUCACCAAGACCAGCGCUUUCGUCCCCGCAAUGAAGCGCGUUGCUUUCGAUCAGCUUAUCUUUGCGCCGUUCGGUUUGGCUGUGUUCUACACCACCAUGACUAUCGCUGAGGGUGGUGGCCGUCGCGCCGUUUCGAACAAGCUUCGAGAUAUGUACAUUCCAACUCUCAAGGCCAACUAUGUUGUUUGGCCUGCUGUGCAGAUUGUCAACUUCCGCUUGAUGCCUGUUCAGUUCCAACUGCCUUUUGUGUCAACAAUUGGUAUUGCUUGGACAGCAUACCUAUCCUUGACAAACUCAGCAUCUGACUAA